UUUGAUUGUUCGGUCGUUCUCGAAUAGCCUCUUCGAUGGCUGUUGGUUUCGCCGGAGGUGGAAGUGUCUGCUUUCUGCUGCUCCGUCUCCGAGAUGUUGCUUGCGUGUUCGCCGAGAGGACAUGACUUAUGACUGUUUGCUCAGCACAUCAUCGAGAGACGUGAAUCGUCAUAGCAUUUUGCUGCAGCAUGUAUUCGACGGAAACGGCCAAAACGAUCGUAGGCGACCUGGCGCUCGUCUUUACCAUUGUCAACUACGCAAGCGGAGUACAAAUAUGCAGAAAAGUGAGGGAGAAAGGUGGAACACAUGACUUGUCCCCGUUGCCGUUCUUGGCGGGAAUGCUUGCUACAUUCCUAUGGUUCGAGUACGGUGUUAUGAAAGAAGAUGGAAUAUUGGUGUGGGUGAAUUCUAUUGGUUUCCUACUGCAGUUGAGUUUCCUGGGCUAUUUCUAUUCAUACACGAAAGUAAAAGGCACCUUGAACUGGAAGAUUUUAGUCCUCAUUGUUGUGCUGGCGGGAGUCUAUUAUGAGGUCACCUAUUUCAUCGACGACAAAGAUAUUGCACUGUCUGUUGUGGGGAUGAUGGGCUGUAUUGCGGCAUUCUUGUUCUUUGCAUCACCUCUGUCCAGCUUGCUUCACGUUGUCCGGACACAAAGUGUUGAAACUCUUCCGUUUUCGCUCAUCCUGUCUGCAUUUGUUGUGUCAAGCCUGUGGACACUGUAUGGCUUUAUUUGUGAAGAUGCAUUCAUUUAUACACCAAACAUAAUGGGCGCCCUGAUUACAGCUUGUCAACUGGCCCUCUUUGUUAUCUACCCUUCAGCAAAGAAGUCUUGAAGAGCAAGUCAAAAGACCACUAAAGAAGUGCACAAAUAUAUUUUUUUAUUUACAA